AUGAGGGAGGAGUUGAAGUCUUCCCAGGCUGCUUUGCAAGCAUUGCUGGAUACAUUUGAGGAUUUUAAAAGCACCUAUGAGGACAUUGCCAAACACGUCAAGUCUCAGGCUCAGCAGACAGAAGCGCAAAUAAAAGAGCAGUUUGAGAAGCUUCACCAGUUCCUCAGAGAGGAGGAGGAGGCCAGGAUCACUGCACUGAGAGAGGAAGAGGAGGAGAAGACAAAGAGGAUGAAGGAGAAAAUUACAGAAGCUGAUAAAGAGUGCAGCAUACUGGACCAACUGAUCCAGGAAACAGAAGACAUGAUGGAGGCUGAAAAUGAGUGUUUCUUUCAGAACUAUCAAGAUAUCAGUGAAAGAGCUCAUUACACAACAGCAUCUCCACAGCUGGACUCAGAAGCUCUGAUUGACGUGACCAAACACUUGGGGAACCUGACAUACAGAGUGUGGGAGAAGAUGAAGGACAUCUGUCCUUACUUUCCAGUGAUUCUAGACCCAAACACUGCACGGGAAACCAUGAGACUCUCUGAAGAUCUGGUAAGUCUCAGUGGAGGACACCCAUCACAGGACCUUCCAGACAACCCAGAGAGGUUUAGAAUUCAUCCAGUCAUUCUGGGCUCGGAAGGGUUUGACUCUGGAACACACAGCUGGGUAGUGGAGGUUAAAGAGAGUACAACCUGGAUCAUAGGUGUAGCAAAAGAGUCUGUCAAAAGAAAGGAAACUUGUAAAGCAGCUCCUGCAGAAGGCAUUUGGACGAUAAGUUUCCGCAACAAUAAAUACUCCUGGACCCAUGGUAAGCCUACCACUAAGUACCAGACAUUCAGAAUUCAACUAAACUGGGAUGCAGGGGAAGUAAAGUUUUUCAAAGAUGGCUGUUCUUGGGUUUUGCAUAGUUACAAAGAUAGAUUUACUGAGAAGAUCUAUCCUUUCUUUCAUUACACUGAUGACAAACCAUUAAAGAUUUUACCUGCUAAAGUCACAGUUCAGCAUCCAGAGUAAUAAUUGUUAGUAUUGUUGUCUAAAACCAGUGUUAUAGUCUCAGUCCUUGAGUCAGCUGCACUGUAUAGAUAAGGAUUAUUGUCUUUUACAUCGAAUUCAGAUUCUCAGGUGAAGAGGAGUGUGUAAUUAAUUGAAAACUCACUGAGUGAUGCUUAGUGUAUAUUUCAUGAAAUGAGCAGAAAAUAAAAAAUGUAAUAUGUAGUAUGUUUAAGAUCCUAAUGCAUUUAUGGUUGAUACAAAAUCUAAGCAGAUUGCAAUACCUACUCAUAAGCCCUAUUGGAGCUGGAUUAGUUUUACUGGAGGAAGUCUAGUAAUGUAAUUUGUAAGAGACUGAACUUGCUAAUUUUUACCGGAUGUUCACUUAAACUGAUCUAAACAACUGACAAAACAAACUACUAGUAAGCAUAGCAGAUAGAAUAGCAUUAGUCUAGUGAAAUGGGCUUAUUUAACCAAAUGUCACUUAAGAGGACAGAAAUAACUCUACUUUGAGAGAGGUGACAUCAGAUAUUUAAUUCUCGUUCUUAUUCUCAACCCAUCACCAGAAACGUUUUAGCGGCAUUUCGAACCGGGCUACCAUUAUUGAAGAAGCUCCACGUUUGGUGAAUUACCAAAGGAAAUUCACUCUGGAGUUAUUACUUAGCAGACUUGUAUGAACUACAGACAUUGCAGAUUUGUACUGGAAUAAAAUCACAGAUCUCUUCGGUAAUCACUUAAAUUACAGCACCUCCCCAUGUAAAACUAAUCCAGCUCCAAUAGGCCUUAACAUGAAGUAUUCCUUUAGCAUUUAUGAACUGCACAGCUAUAUUACAUUCAGAUGAUGAUCUUAUGAAGUAUUAGUAAACAUUACAUGAAACAGUUUCAUAUAAUAGGAUAGGAACGUAAAAUUGUAUUGAUUUACACUGUUUUUGUUUCAAUCAUGAAUGUGGAUAUCUGUGCUUAAAAAAAUAUGUGUGUAAAAUUAUGUUCCCUGAAAAAGGACUGUGUAUAAUAAUGUAUUCAUAAUCAUAUCACUAAGUAAACAUCACUGGGUGGGAUUUCAAUUAUUUUUCUUUAAUGAAUAUUUAAUGAUUGUUUCAAAAUGAUUAUGCAAUUGUUAACCAAAUGUUACUUUACUGUUUAUAAAGAUACAAUUAGUGUAACAUGUAGCUCCUGUGAAGCUUUAUCCUUUUUUUAAUCUUGCCUUUUAUGUGAAUUAAUAAUACUGGUGAUUUACAACUGAAAAUGAUGCAAUGUACUUAUCAGACCGGUUCCACAUUAUCUUUAGACCUGUUUACUUUUUUUUUUUGAUAUUAGGUUGUAUAUAUAGUAGCAUUCUGCUACUGGCUGGCUACAUGAAACUUUGGAGGCUUGACUUUGCAGAUGGCUACAUGCUAAUGCUCAUGGUACACUUCAGAAAAGGGACUGUUUAUGCUGUCUGUUAGUUUAAGUUGUGUACACACGUUAUUUGUGUUAUUUAGGGUUGGGGGCUGUGGGUUUUUUGUGUAAGGGGGGCCACUGUCGGGGUGAAGUGUGUGACUAGAGGUGUC